GCCCCAGCUGUUUCCUGUUGAAAAUGUCUGUGUAAUGUAGAUAAAUGUGAGGGAUUUUCUCUCUAAAUCCGUCUCCUGUUCGCUAAAUCUCACUUCUCCAAAACGAGCCUGCGCAAUGGAACAAAGUCGGAAUAUUGAGAUGUGACAUUGCCCGCAUCUCAUCCUCUUCCCCGAUUUUUAAUGACUUCAAACAAGUUGCUCAUUUUCUCCGGGCUUUGUCUUGCGGGGACCCGCGGGGAUGUCUAGCGCUCAGUCCUCACAGUGGCAUUUAUGUGAUGUCCUCAAGGGUGCGAUGUGCUGUAUCUCCUGUAGCCACACCCUCUCACUACUGCUGUGUGUCCUCACCCUGACUCCGACGGCAACAGGGGCGGGACCCGAGACCCUGUGCGGGGCGGAGCUGGUCGACACGCUGCAGUUUGUCUGCGGAGAGAGGGGCUUUUAUUUCAAUAAACCAACAGGGUAUGGCCCGAGUACCAGGCGGUCGCGCGGCAUCGUGGACGAGUGCUGCUUCCAAAGCUGCGAGCUGCGGCGCCUCGAGAUGUACUGUGCCCCGGCCAAGACCAAGGCGGCUCGCUCUGUGCGUGCACAGCGCCACACAGACAUGCCCAGAACCACUAAGGUCAGUAACCUGGGACACAGAGCGGACAAGGGCACAGAGCGCAGGCCAGCACAGCAGCCUGACAGGACAAAAAACAAGAAGAGACCUUCAUCUGGGCAUAGUCAUUCAUCCUUCAAGGAGGUGCAUCAGAAAAACUCAAGUAGAGGCAGCGCCGGGGGCAAAACGUAUCGAAUGUAGGGAAGCAGCGAAUGGACAAACGCCCUGCAGCUUGGGAGGAGAGAUGGGAGUGGCCUUACCUGGUACCCUGUGGAACUGUUCACCAUUUAACUAAACAAAAGGAUGUAAACAACGGCUUAGAAGCUCCUGAAAUGGUAGAAACGUUAGAGCUAAGUGGUGUUUUAAAGGUGUGAUGGGGUGGGGGGAGGUAGAACUUGUGAUUAAUUUGUACACUGCACCAAUCCAUAUUGGGAAGGAUUAUUAUUAUUAUUAUUUGUUAAUGUACAAAACUAGUUUAGCUGCUGAGACAUGUGCAAGAGCUCAUUAGGCCUCCAUGUUUGAGCUGCAACACCACCACCCCAACUCCAGGAAAGGUGAGAACUUAUCUGGGUAUCAGCCAAUCAGAGAGCAGCAAGCUGAAGUUGGGAAUGAGUGGUCCAUCUUAUCCGCUGCACUUUGUUGAGGUGAGCCCUUUUUACUCCUGGUGAAACUGGGUCACACAUAGCAGUCCUCCCCUUGUGACAUUUUAUCUUCAGAAUUUGUAUUUAUGCACCAUGCAUUACUGUGGAUAUUCUGUUUAUUUUAAGGACAAAAACCAUGUGGUUUAUUGGCGCACCUUUAACGUUGUUUUUGUUCAUUUCACCUUCAGCUCAAGUCAAAUCCCUCCUAAAAGGUGUGACAAGAGGGUUUGAGAGCAAUCCAGAUCCUUUCUUAGCCCCACAAAGUGUUGAGAACUGCGUCUUAAACCCACUGCUGUAACAAAAGAGGCGUAAUUUGAAGGGAUUUUGAAAAGGGGUCAAAUACAAUAGGUAUUACAACAAAAAUAAGACCGUGGCUUUCUGAUUUCCAACAAUAAACCAGAACAUAUAGUGAUUUGUUUUUUGUUUUUUGGGGGCGUUUUUUUUUUUUUUUUUUUUUUUUCAGAAAUAGGUCAUUCAGUAGAUCCAAAGUUCAUUUGGCACAGAUGAAAUGCAUAAUCAAACAGUGACAAUCAGGCAAAAUGUUUGUUGUCUGUGUCCUUUUUGACGUGUCACCACCGGAUCGAACCGUCAACUGUCCUGCAACAAGUUCAGCACAGAUUUGUUCAGUCCUGAAUAACUCACCAGGAGGAGGAAACAAUCCUCAAACGCCUCAAAGUCUGAAGCAAAAAGCUGUGACAAUGGCAACGCCACAAAUAAAAGAUGGUUCGAUCAGACGUUUUGUUAGCCCAGGCAGGCCGCGACCUCUCCGCUACCGGUAUUGGCUCCGAUCAAACCAAAUAACGCAGCAUCCGUUUCAAAGUCCACCGCAGAUUAAUCUGCUUGGUAAACAUUGCCAACCAAGAUGGCACCUGGAAAAGUGAGAGGACACCAAUACACACACACACACACACACACACACACACACACACACACACACACACACACACACACACACACACACACACACACAAAACACCCACAGUAAAUAUAGAGAUUAUGCAAAAACAAGCAAGGGUCAAGACCACCCUCACAAACUUCACACACAAAAGUCAAUUCUUAGAAGUGCUUGCAUGAAAACCAACAGGAAGCUGCGCUUUGUUUGAGCCUCCAUGACGUUUUCAAAGAAGCUCAAGUCUGGCUCUGUCUCCUCUACCUGUGUAUAAUAAAACUUUACUCCCAUUAUGUUAACCAAUGCAUUAAUAUCAUUCAUUGUACAUGAUGGUUUCAUAUAACCAAGCUGUAUUAAGAAUCCUACCCACUGUAUAAUGGUGCUAUUUUAUAGUUUGUUACUGGCUAAGUGAGACAGAUGGCAGGGCUUUACAUGGAAGUCUUCCCUUUUGCACAGCCAUGUGGCACCAGUUUAUUAGUGACUUUAUUAGUAAGCAGUUACAAUAAGGCAUAGUGUAAGCGAGUAAGUGUAUCUGUGUGAAAUCUGUGACUGCAUGGAGAUAAAAGGAAAAACAAAUAUAAAACAUUGUGGUCCC